AUGUCGGAACAUGAUUCUUCUCAUCAUCACCAGCCAUUCAUCCCCAUGGCAAAACAUAAUGAAGAGCCUAACAUUUCUACAAAUACUACAUGUACCCGGAUUAAACUGUUUAAAUCUAUUGGAAAACAUGAACGUGGAGUGUGUUGGCAUUAUCGGAAAAAGGGUUUUUGUAAUUUUGGAGAUACAUGUAAAUAUUUACAUUUGAGGGAUGGAGAGGCAAGACCAAUUGGCACGAAUCGUGUGAUGAGUGUUGAAACCAAACUGAAUCAUGAUGAUGUAUUACAAACAGAGGAAAUUAAGAGCCAUUUAACACUUGAGGAACGGAAUGGAUCGACUCAUUCCAAUAAUUUCACAAGUACUUCAUCAAUGAUUAAUACCACAACAUCUACUGACACGACAAUACUUGACAAGUCUCAACCUAUCAAACUUUCAUAUUGGAUUUCGAGAGCAAAGGAAUUGAGAUUUCCUUCAUCUGUGCUUCGUUCAAGUUUUGAAGAGAAUGGGUUUUCCAUGAUUCCCAAUGCGGAUGAGAUUGGACAUUACACAGCUGUAUUUUGGGGACAUACCUUUCCACAUACACAUGAUGACUGGAAAUUAAUUAUUCCUUCUUACACUUAUUUCAAUCACUUUCCAAAUUCUCACCAAUUAUCAAACAAGAGUUUAAUGGCUCUUAAUUUUCAGAGUGUGGAUGAACAACAUUCUCCACAUACGAUUCAAUUCAAAUCUUGUUACCUACCAGUCACUUUUUAUUUUCCAAGACAAAUUUCACUCUUUCUUAAUUUUUUAAAGACAUCACAAGUAACUACGAAUUACAGAUGGAUUAUUAAACCCAUUGGAUCCGGAGAGGGAAGAGGAAUUAGAAUUUAUGCCAACUCUCACGAUUUGCUUUCACAAGAAUUUCCAUCCAUACCUUCCUCAGAAAUUGAAACCUGCCACAUCACUGAAGAGACUUUAAAUUCUAUCAAAAAGAAGAAGAUUGUCGUGUCUCAGUACAUCUCAAAUCCAAUGCUCAUUGAGGGUAAAAAAUUUGAUUUAAGAUUGUUUGUUCUUGCUGUCGGAGGUGAAACAGAAAGACUCUAUCUUUAUAGAGACGGUAUUGUGAGGUUAGCAAGUGAGCCAUAUUCUAAUUCUGAUGAUACUCUCAACAAUCCAUAUAUUCACAUUACCAACAACACUGUGAAUGAUAAGAAGAAUAAGGUCCAACACGAAACGAUCAAGAAAGAAUAUGGGUUUUUCUGUAACCUGUCCCUCAAAGAACUGAAAGAACAUUUUUCGAAACAUGCUCUUGAUUGGAAUCUGUUUUGGACCCGUCUAACAGUGUUAGUCAAAGAAUCUGUUAUGCUGACAAUUUUCGACAAAUCCAAACAAGAUGAAAUCUAUCAUGCAUGUUCUCACAGAUGUUUUGAAAUUUUUGGAUUUGAUGUAUUGAUUGAUGAGAAUUUGAAUCCCUAUUUACUUGAAGUGAAUUCCAUGCCUGAUCUCUCUGGUGUGAGUCAAUCGAGCCAUCUCACUCUACAGAAGGAUUUUACUGUAAAAUCCAAAAUGCUUGUCUCUGCACUGAAUCUUGUUGGUAUCAAGAUCAUGAAUAGAAAUGUCGAUCUUGGAGACAACAAUGGUAAGAAUGAUGCUCAUUCGGAAUAUGAUGAUGAACAGAGGUGUUAUAGAGAGGACUUUGAGAGAAUUUAUUGA